GACUGUUCUAAAUUCCCUCAGAACUCUGAUCGUCCAUGAACAACUUCCAGGUAUGGCCAAUCAUUUAGAAAACAAAGCUUUAAAGGCAAUGUUACAAUAAUACAAAUGGUAAAUACAGAAACAUUAUUUUAUCUUGUAAACGGCUUUCAUUUUUUUCAAUGCUUCAAUCUGGGACAUGUAUGUAUAAUACGUUGUUAGAUAUCAUGCAACAUUAGUGGUUCCGUGGCAUUAAAACACGGCUGCACUUUCUCACUGUAAGAGACACCUGUAUCCCAGCACUCUUGAGAGGCUGAGGCAAGAGGAUCACAAGUUCCAGCCCAGCCUGCGCAAUUUAGGGGCUCUGCGAGACACUUCUUCAAAGGUAAAAAACUAAAAAGGGUUGGGGGAUGUAGCUUAAUAUGUUAGGACCUGCGUUCAGUCCCCAGUACUGGACAGCGAGGGUGGAGAGUGGGGGGACUGACGCACUGUGAAGCCACAAUCACCCUCAAUUCUUUCCAACUUCAGGAAUAAGUAGUCACAAGCUCUUACACUUUCUUAGAAUGCUAAAGUGCUGGACAGUGGGAUGACAAGACCCCAACCUGGGCCACUUCUUAAUACAGUGGAUCCAGCGGUGAACACCAAAGAUCAAGCAGCUUGGGCUAGAAGCAGAAAUCGGCCAGAAGCUCUCGCGGGAAGCCCUGUCCGUUACCGCCACCCCCACCCGGCGCGAGCCUUCGUGAGCACUAGUUCCGGUGCCCGGCUUUAACACUCCCACCACCAAAGCGUACACUUGCGGCUCUCUGCGAUACUGCUGGGCGGGCCGGAACUUUCGUCUGUAGGAACGGGUUUACACAGUCGCAUGUUGCCAGCCGGCGUCAAGGAGAACAGUGCCACCGUCUUCCUCUCGCCGUCGCCGCCGCGGAGCAGAGCUUAGCUGAUCAGAUCCAGGAGCGCGGUUACCCGACGGGCUGGGUCUAUGGUCGCUCCGCGGCCCGCUCCGCCGGCUGGUGCUUUUUUAUCAGGGCGCGCUGUGCUCCAUGGCAGGGAACUUUUGGCAGAGCUCCCACUAUUUGCAGUGGAUUUUGGAUAAACAAGAUCUGUUGAAAGAGCGCCAAAAGGAUUUAAAGUUUCUCUCAGAAGAAGAAUAUUGGAAAUUACAGAUAUUUUUUACAAAUGUUAUCCAAGCAUUAGGUGAACAUCUUAAAUUAAGACAACAAGUUAUUGCCACUGCCACGGUCUAUUUCAAGAGAUUCUAUGCCAGGUAUUCUCUGAAAAGUAUAGAUCCUGUAUUAAUGGCUCCUACAUGUGUGUUUUUGGCAUCCAAAGUAGAGGAAUUUGGGGUAGUCUCAAAUGCAAGACUGACUGCUGCUGCUACUUCUGUAUUAAAAACUAGAUUUUCAUAUGCCUUCCCGAAGGAAUUUCCUUAUAGGAUGAAUCAUAUACUAGAAUGUGAAUUCUAUCUUUUAGAACUAAUGGAUUGUUGCUUGAUAGUGUAUCAUCCUUAUAGACCUUUGCUCCAGUAUGUGCAGGACAUGGGCCAAGAAGACAUGUUGCUUCCCCUUGCAUGGAGGAUAGUGAAUGAUACCUACAGAACGGAUCUUUGCCUACUGUAUCCUCCUUUCAUGAUAGCUUUAGCUUCUCUACACGUAGCCUCUGUGGUACAGCAGAAAGAUGCCAGGCAGUGGUUUGCCGAGCUUUCUGUGGAUAUGGAGAAGAUUUUGGAAAUAAUCAGGGUUAUUUUAAAACUAUAUGAGCAGUGGAAGAAUUUCGAUGAGAGAAAAGAGAUGGCAACUAUUCUUAGUAAGAUGCCAAAACCAAAACCACCUCCAAACAGAAAUUCCCUGAGUGAUUCUCCACUAGUGGCAGGGCCUGAAGCUGCAAGAUGAUGGUGGAGAAGAUAAGGCAAUAAUCCUAUUGCCACAUUUACUGUGAAGGAGAGCAGGGUCCAAAUGGAAGUCAGAACUCUAGCUACAGCCAAUCUUAAAACAUUCCGAAGAAUUCCAUAGUGGACCUCUUGGAAAUAAACCAUUGGACAGAUUUCAGUAAUGUCUUCCGUGGAACACAAAUGAAAAUGAAUAGCUUGUUUCUGUCAAGCAAUCUUGGGAAGUGAUUUUAUUUUUGCAAAACAAGUUUUCUUUAUCUAAUUUGAUUUUAGUACAGAAUUGAUUAAAAUCUCUUCAUUAUAAACAGUUAGAAAGGUUCUGAGGGAACCUACAGACAUACAUAGGCACUUCGAAGUUAAUAGCUUUUGCUUAGUAUAUUAUUCUUAAUUUGGAUAAAAGAAUUUGUAGCUUUUUAUUAAGUCAGGAAACAAAACACAAUUUGUUUAAAAUUCUCUUUCAUCAUUGAGGGACCAAAAGAGGACCUAAAAAGUCAAUAUAUGAGGUUUUUAUCCCCUCAGUAGAUUAAACUUUAAAACUAUUUAAGGUAUCAAACCUUACAAAAUCCUAGAAAUAAUCAGGGAAAUUAAUCAAGUACCUAUUGAUUUUUUUACAAUGUAUUUUAUUGAGUAGUUUUGGUAUCUUGCCAUGGAAAGUACUAGCCCAGUCUAGCAGAAGAGUGCAAUAUGUAUAGCAUAGUUUUGACAUUUUAAAAGUUAUAUUAAUUCCAUAACCAUUUUGAAAUACUGGGCAAAUUUUAAAAAGCAACCUACAUUGAGUUAUUUGCAGUUAACUAAUAUUAAACAGGCAUUUUGAAAGUUUAAUUGGAUAAAACACCAUAAUGAAGUUAAAAUUUGGUAAAAUUUUAAUGUUAAUUUUUAAUCUGCUGUGAAAAGUUUUUAAAAUAAAAUCAAUAUGCCCUAGUUUAAUUUUGUGUGUUAGUGUGGAUAUACAAAUUUACUGCAGGUAUCCUGAGCCAGGAACACAAUCAGGUUUCAGGCCAGUUUGAUAUUGGCUAUUCGUAAUUCUCCUGAGUGUAGGAUUUCAGACUAAAUGUUUUGUCAGUAGAACUGUGCUGUCUGUGAAAGGUAAUAAAUUAAUCAUUUUCUUCAUACUUGAAGGAGAGUGAUAAAUAAAACUUGGAGUCAUAGGAUAUUAAUGUACAAUUUAAGAAUUAAAAUUUUUUAUAGCUUAAUUGUGAACAAUGGAUUAGUCAAUGUUGACUUCCUAGUAUAAAAUAAGAAUAAAAGUAAAUUCUCCAGCCAUA